GUUUUUGGCCCUUAGCUCCUGGCGUGCUGGCUCGCUCGCAGCCCUUGCCCCCUGCAGCGCUGCCUCUCAGAUGCGGAGCGAAGCCCAGGCACCUCUGCCUGCCGCACACUGUCUUGCACCGGAGACGAGGCCGCCUGCACAUCCGGGCUGGACCUUAUGGGCUGCCCAGUGGAGGUUUUUUUUAAAGCCUCAUGGGACAUAAUACCAUUGCUGGAUUCCUGGUAGAAUUAAGAAACCUGACUACAUGAGAGGAACUCUACAUGGGCACAGGAUGUUACCUGGAAUCAAAGAACUAAAUGUACCAGACUUUCCUUAAUUUUAAAUGGUGUAAAUUAUUAUAACCUGUUAUAACCAAUGCAAGAAAUGCAAGGCUGUGUUUCUGUUUUGGAUUGUGUGUGUCUUUUCCUUUGAUGGCUGGUGUGGAACUGAACUAGUGCCCUUCUCCACUUAAAGAUGCCUUUGCACUUCUGAUAAAUGCAAACUGAAAGCUCACAAGGCCACGGCAGAGAUAAAAUCAUUACUGCUGGAAACCUGGAAGACUGUCCUUAAAAAAGGAAAGUCCCCAAUUAUUUGAAAUGCUGAGGAAGUUGCUGAGGAGGAGACUGUUUUCUUAUCCCACUAAAUACUACCUCUUGUUUCUUGUUUUUUCCCUAGUCACCUUCUCUGUUUUAAGAAUUUAUCAAAAGCCCGAAUUUGUAAGCAUUGGACAUUUGGAUCUGGCUGGAGAGAAUCCUAGUAGUAAUAUUAAUUGCACCAAAGUUUUACAGGGUGAUGUAGCUGAAAUCGAAAAGGUAAAGCUUGAGAUUCUAACAGUGCAGUUUGGAAAGCGCCCUCGGUGGACAGCCUAUGACUAUAUAAACAUGACUAGUGAUUGUACUUCUUUCAUCAAGAGACGCAAAUAUAUUGUAGAACCUCUUAGUAAAGAAGAGGCAGAGUUUCCCAUAGCAUAUUCCAUAGUGGUUCAUCACAAAAUUGAAAUGCUUGACAGGCUCCUGAGGGCCAUCUAUAUGCCUCAGAAUUUCUAUUGCAUUCAUGUGGACAAAAAAUCAGAGGAUUCCUUUCUGGCCGCAGUGACUGGCAUUGCCUCCUGUUUCAGUAAUGUCUUUGUGGCCAGUCAGCUGGAGACUGUGGUGUACGCUUCGUGGAGUCGGGUUCAGGCCGACCUCAAUUGCAUGCACGACCUCCUCAAGAUGAGUGCAGCCUGGAAAUACCUGAUCAAUCUUUGCGGUAUGGACUUUCCUAUUAAAACCAACCUGGAAAUUGUCAGGAAACUCAAGUCGUUAAUGGGAGAAAACAACCUAGAAACUGAGAGAAUGCCAUCCCAUAAAAAAGAAAGGUGGAAAAAGCAUUAUACGGUCAUUAAUGGAAAGCUGACAAAUACGGGGACUGACAAAACGCAACCUCCUCUUGAAACGCCUCUGUUUUCAGGCAGUGCCUAUUUUGUGGUCAGCAGGAAGUAUGUGGAGUACGUGCUAGGGAAUGAAAAAAUCCAAAAGUUUAUGGAGUGGGCAAAAGACACAUACAGCCCAGAUGAAUAUCUCUGGGCCACUAUUCAGAGGAUCCCUGAAGUCCCUGGCUCUCUGUCCUUAAGCCAAAAGGACGACAUGUCCGACAUGCAUGCAAUUGCUAGGUUUGUCAAAUGGCAGUACUUUGAAGGUGACAUUUACAAGGGUGCUCCCUAUCCACCCUGCAAUGGUGUCCACGUGCGCUCCGUGUGUGUUUUUGGAGCAGGUGACUUGAACUGGAUACUGCGCAAGCACCACUUGUUUGCCAACAAGUUUGACGUGGACAUUGACCUCUUUGCCAUCCAGUGUCUGGAUGAGUAUCUGAGGAAUAAAGCCCUGGAGACGUUAAAACACUGACCAUUUAUUGUAGGCAAUUUUAGAAAUAUGAAGACUAAGUGAGAUGUAUCCCAUCUGAUUCUUCCGUCUUGUUAGUUAACAUCAGAAACACUGUAAAGGGUGCUCUUUGGAGCGGGGACUCUAACUCUUCGUGUCAGAAGCUACAUGGUCUCUGCAGAACAUAGUCGGUUAGAAAGGUCCUAGCAUUAAACAUUAACUUAGAGUUAAUGUGAGGCCAGAGCAGUCUGCGAGGCACUGUGGGGAGAGGUGGCCCAGGUGGCCUGGGAGGAGGCGAAUGCAAAAACCAGCCUGUUAAAAGAGCUCAGGGACUUACCAAAAUGGUAAGAUUUAACCUGUGCCAAAAUUACUUUGAGAGCUUUAAAUAUGAUAAUUUUUCUGAUUUGAAUAAAUUUAUAGCAACAACCGAUCAUAAGGAUAUAAUUUAUAUUGUAGGUUAUUUUUGUUGAAUUAGAAAAUUGACGUUACUGUAAAUGAUUCUUGUGAAUAUAAUUUACUUUCUGCUGUAACACUGCUGUGUAUUGUAUCUGUAUGUCAUCUCAGGGAACUUGAAAAAAAGGGCUUGACUGAAUGUAAA